AUGGCAAAAACUGCGCAGGGAGAUGGACUUGAAUUACGGGGCAGCACAGAUAAGCUGACAGAUAAUGGGAGAGGAAGCUCGUAUGGAUCCGAGCCAGAGGUAAACGGCGGUGUCGUCCCCGGGGACAACCAGGUGGACAAGUACGGGUUCAUUGGAGGAGCACAGCAGCACUCGGGAGACUCUGCUGAAGAAAUCCCCACUGAGGUGCUGAGGCAGCGGGAGGCAAAAUGGCUGGAGAUGCUCAACAGCUGGGACAAGUGGAUGGCCAAAAAACACAAGAAGGUGAAAGAGCGCUGUCAGAAGGGGAUCCCUCCUUCCUUGCGUGGCCGGGCCUGGCUCUACCUUACUGGGGGGAAAGUGAGAAGGGAACAAAACCAGGGCAAAUUCCAGGAACUGGACAAUCAGCCAGGAGAUCCUAAAUGGGUAGAUAUUAUUGAGAGAGACCUCCAUCGACAGUUCCCUUUCCAUGAAAUGUUUGCAGCGAGAGGAGGUCAUGGGCAGCAGGACCUGUUCCGCGUGUUGAAGGCUUAUACUCUGCAUCGUCCUGAAGAGGGUUAUUGUCAGGCUCAGGCUCCCAUUGCUGCUGUACUCCUGAUGCAUAUGCCAGCAGAGGAUGCAUUUUGGGUUCUUGUCCAGAUUUGUGAGAAAUACCUUCCUGGAUACUACAGUACAGGGCUGGAGGCGAUCCAGCUCGACGGGGAGAUACUGUACGCUCUGCUGCGGCGGGUCUCUCCUGUGGCCCACCGUCACCUGAAGAAGCACAAGCUGGAGCCCAUCCUGUACAUGACCGAGUGGUUCAUGUGUGCCUUCUCUCGGACUCUGCCGUGGGCCUCAGUGCUGCGUGUCUGGGACAUGUUCCUUUGUGAGGGAGUAAAGAUCAUCUUCCGAGUGGGCCUGGUUCUCCUGAAAUGCAUGCUGGGAUCCCAAGAGAAACUAAAGACCUGUCAAGGUCUCUAUGAAACAAUGGAGCUGCUCCGAGCUAUACAGCCACAGUACAUGCAAGAAGGCUUCCUGGUGCACGAGGUCAUUGGGUUACUGGUGUCUGAGAAAGACAUUGAGAAGGAACACCAUGCUCAGCUGCGGCGCUGGAAGGAAACUCAUGGCGAUCUACACUGCAAGUCCCCUCCCAGGAUGCACGGCGCCAAGGCCAUCAUGGCUGCCGAGCCACCCAGCCGACAGGACCUCAGACAGAGGCCCACCAUCAUCGUGGAGUCUCCCCUGGCACCAAAGACAGAUGGGGUGAGAGCAGAGGACGCCAAGGAAAGCAGAAAGACUAAAGAGGAAAAACAGAAGAAAACAAUCCUACCACCACAGGAGAAGCCUGUUAAUCCUUACCUUCCUACAAGUGACCCCUCACCCCCCCUCAAACACAUGACUGUACAAGGGUCCAAAGAGAGUCUGAGCAGUGCAGAGCAUGACACUUAUCUGUAGCUGGGUAAGUGUCACCAGUUUACACACGUUAAUCAAUCCAUACAACCUUAACAUGUGACACUCACAGUUUUUUUUUUUUUUUCACAGUUGUCAGUGACAUGACUAACCUUUCUGAGACAUAGUGUGUCUGUAGUAGCCCUUUUAGUGAAAUGGCUAUUUUUACAACCAUGACACUCCAGAAAAAGUUUCUUUUUAAAUUUUUGUAGAAGUUAUCACAUUUUAAAGCUGGCAAAAAAUGCCAUUGCUCAGACUACUAAGAGGUAUCUGUAAUACUCGUUUGCAUAUAUAAUACACAUGUUCAGUGUAAUUUAAUUUACACAGGUUAUUGUUUACUGCACUUUUAACUAAGUAGUACAGUCGUGGAAAUUUUAAAAGUAUAGUACAUUUUUAAAAAUGUAAUGGAACUCAGAAAUGUCUAAUUGCCAGGGAGCAACACCAGGUGGCGACUAUGAGCCUUUUGCACACAUGUCUAUGUAUGUCUGUAUAUACUGUCAGUGCUAUGAGUUUUAAGCCUGUUGGAGUAACUGGAGCUGUUAGCUUCAUAUGACUGAACAUGUGGGGCUAUACACUCGCUGACUCGCUGUUAACAGCUACUGCUGCUAUUUACCUCUUAGAAGCAGUGCUCUGUUAUUUCCCUUCUUAUAAAUGAAGUCUGAUUUUGUCGUAAUUGACGAGGUCUUUUCUAGAGCACUUUGCCUUUAUAGUCUUCCUCUUUGCCUGCAUUAGUCACUACGUUGCCAACGCAGAGAUUCAUAUCCGUCCUGCUUUGCUAGACUCAGUCUUUCGCACUGCGUUACAGACGCAGUGAGAAACAGUGUUUAGCACAGUCUUGUGACAGUUCGGCUGCAUCCACGAGUCUGUCUAUGCUGUCUUUGAACACUUGAGGGCGUCCUGAGAUUAUCCCUCAGCAUCAGCAGUGACCAGCAGCAGCAGUCUGGUCAGAGUAAAAUCUCUCCAAUGAAGGAAAAAGUGUGCAGGGAAAUUUUGUGUCACUAAGCCAAAGAUUUUUGAUGCAUAUUUUAUAAGAUAUAUGUAGUCCAAGCUGUUUAUUCAAUCAUAUUGUGAUACAGUGUACAGGAUUUGAUUGUUGUCAGUUUGGGAGAGCGUUUGGUUUAUAUUUAUGUUGUGUAUGAGAAAUGGUAAAAUGCAAUUUUAAAGAACGCUAAUACUAAGUUGUUGUUUUUUUUACUAUUAUGCUUAAAGGUUUGUGGGUCCUUUAGACUUAAGAUAUCUUAUAUAUAAAAUAUAUCUUAUUUUACUAUCAAAGAAAAAGCAACCAUAGAAUCUUAACCCAUUAUUGUCCAUUUUUUAAUUAUUUUUACAUCAUAAACCAGGAAACCUGGUGCUGCCUUUGUUGACAAAACUGCUUUGAAUAAGCUUUAAAAAGUCCAAAAUCAAAACAAAUCAUGAAGUCCAAGUAAUGUACAACUAUAAUCUUCAGCAGUGACCCCACAGGGUUUUAUUUGCACAUGUGAGGGUUAGGGUUAGAAAGAAAAAAAACAUUUGAGCAACAAAAGAUAUUAAAAGUCAAAGAGAUCCAUAAACCUUUGAUACUGACCAGAGUAUCUGUUGAUACUCUUUUAUCUGAGAUGUUAAAAUGAAGAAAUAAUGAAGUAGUGAAUUUAUAAGCAAUCAACAUUUUAGUCCAAGUUCAGGAAAUUCCUUCAUCAGCAGUUACGUGUCACUGUAUAUCAGAUUGUCAAAGUUUUUAUAAUAGAAAAUGGUUGUGGGUGUGUGUUGAUUUUUAAACACUGUGGAGAUUUUCCUUUUUAAAUAUACGCUACGGGUUUAUUUUCUGUUUAUUAGGAAGUACUGUUUACCUGCCAUGUCCUCUUGAGCUUGUAAUAUUUUAAAUAUUUUCUGUAGAUCACAUUUAUUCAACAUAAAGUAUCAGUAUCAGUUGAGUUUCUACCAGGAACUUUUAUACUGUCACAGAAAGGGUGCCACUGAGCUUCAUUCAGAGAUUCAGAUCACUCGUUCUGGAGGUUAUAGGAUAUACAGGAUGUGUUUAGCCAUCUAAAAACUUUAUGUUGAUUUUUAUGAGAGGAUUUAUUUUCAGUAUCCAUCCAAAAAAAAAAAAAUAGAAAUAAAAAACUCCUUUGGGAUGGUGAGAUGCUCCUUACUACUAAUCAUUUAUGAUGAAAGAGAACUUCAAUUAAAUGUGAGGCUUGUAAAUCUGCAACUGCUGUUUCUAUCAGUGUGCUGAUUUGGUUUGAAAUCAAUUUCCUACGUCUACAAGCUGUUUUAUAUCAAACUACAUUUAAAUGAAUAAAAUAUGAAACCUU